AUGAGCCUUUCGAGCUCGUGUGACACCUAUUUCGAAGAUCCGGCAAGCAAGAUCAGGAACGCGAAGUGGAGGAAGCUUGGUGGCCUUUUCAAGGCAAGAAACGCAUUCCUCGACGACCCAGCUCCAUCACCAUUCUAUCAAUUGCAGGCACGAUAUGUUCCCCAGCCGGUCAACAAUUCCGAGUCAAGUUUCCUACCUUACACUACCGAUCCCGCUCCACCAGCACACGAUGCAAAAUUCCUAUUCGAUCAAAUACUUGAAUCUGAUGGCCAGCUUCACCCACAGAGGCAUGUGGGCAGUCCGCUGCAGCCUGUACAUGGCGCACGGGGCCGGUCAAGGAAUGUCUCGAACGCUUCAGGUGGCAGGUCGGCGCAGCAGAACUUCUCUCAUCUGGGUCUACCACUUCUGGACGUUAAAAUCCCACAUGUGCAGAUGGAGCGGUAUAGUGUCAUGUUUGGAAACGUACUUGACAAGACUCUCGGAAACUUGGUAACCAACCCUGAUGAGAACGCAGAUGGUCCCCGGGUUGCACAUCUGCAGGAGCCACGUGCGGAGAGGUCAGAGACAACGUCAAUCACCAAGGACAACGCAUAUCUCGUACCCGAGCCCAAUACCACCUACCCUCGUCGAGCAACAUCACCCACUCCAUCGAAAUCACCAUCCUUUUCACUCUUUCCGCAGCUACCCCAGGCUCCAGAAAUGAUUGUCGGUUCGCUCCCGCCAAGAGAGCAAAGUCCACUUCAGAGAUCCUUUACUGCUCCGGCCCGGUUAUCACCAAUGCAAGAAAAUUUCAGUCCUGACCAAAUGCAAGCACCACAAGUAGACGAUUUGAAGGCUGAUCACGAAGCCACCGCCAGCCCGAUCCAAAGCGCCUCGAUGUUUAUCCAAGAAUGGGAUUCUUUCAAGCGUGCUGUCCACUCGCCCUCAUCAACUUGUUCCUCUAUAGUUGACGAUGUACGCUUAGCGACGAUGUCAAUGGACACACCAGAAGGAAUUCGAGAUCAAUUCGAGGUUACAAAUGAUCAAGAACUAAAAGUAUCACCUCUUAAGCCCAAACAUCUGGCUAGGGACACUGAAGAUGAACUUGUCACGAGGCAACACACCGAAACCCAUGUGCAAACAAUGACCAGGGUCAAUGUACACGAAGACACGUUAACAGCACUAGAGCGUCCCAGAUCUAUCACUUCAAAGAGCAACGACGCUUCUCGCAGUUUGCAGCCAUCUAAAGCCCGCAUAGAUCAGAUCAUGCGCGGUCCCUUACCUAAUCAGCAUCCAGAACCGCCGUCUGAUCUAAGGAAUGGGCAUAAAAAGCCCAACAAACCACAAUCGGCCGUCGUUAACGAACAGUUGCUGUAUACCGGAGAUGCUUCACCAUUGCGAGAUGGAAUUGGAAGCGCUACCCACGAGCUAGCUAUUCUGUGUGCGUCCGCUAGAGAUGUUCCUGUUAAAGAACAAAAGGCUGCUGCAUCUAGCCAGAGCCCUCCUUACAUCGAGCUGACACCGUCGCAGAUGCAGCAAUUAACGAGGACUCUACAACAGCCAGCACAUGGUUCCGGUGCCAUUUUCCCUCCCGGACGACAGCAUCCAACCGUUACACAGCGCUUGGCACAAAAUGUUCCCGAUUCUCAUACAAGACAACCUCCACAGAUCCCUGUGUCUGGCACAACACAACCUCCUCAAUUUGACAUUGGACAUCCUCAAUCACGUCCUGCCAUAGCAAAUACCUCUCAUAGACUCCAUCCUACAUAUCCCAGACCAUCCCUCAAUGCUAGCAAUCAAUCAUUUCCAACUUACAAACCGCCACCUCCAAUUUCCAGAGGGCCUAAUCAGCCACCCUUCAACCAAUCCAACACACAGACAAGACUAGAUGCUCGCUUUGCGACCACUCUUCAGACGGAGAAGGAUCAGGACAAUAUAAUUGAUUAUUACCUCGACGAUAACGAUACUAAGUCAUCUUCUCAAACACCUAAAUCGCCUAGGAAACUGCAAAAGCGACUUUCAGACAAAGCGAAGAAACGCUUGUCCCAUAGCAGCAGACCCUUUCCAUAUCCAAAAUCAGAGCCAAAGUCGGAGCCAAGAUCUGAGUCACAAUCAUCGCAGCCCUCCAAGACAGCACCCUGGUCUCCUAUACCCAUCUCAAAGUACUCUCCCAGUAUCGUCCCUUUCCUAAAUCCCAUUGUGUCUCCUCCUACUACCUCACAGCAAAGCCAUGAUCACGCUCGGCGUUACUCCUCAACCCUCGCCGAACAAGAUCCGUUAGAUCCACAUCUGCUCUCUCCAGCCGUCCGUGCCGCCAGAGAGAAAGCCACGGAGCUCAUCAAAGCUUCCUCUGUCGGCGCCUUCUCCCAGAAUCACACUGACCCACCAUCAACAUUAUAUCAGCCGCCUAGACCUACCCGAGCCGGGUUCAGUUUCAUCGUCGACGGCCCCAACAAGGCUCCUCUUAGCGAGCCGUCCUUUUACUCGCACCCGGACGUCAGCUCGCCUAGCCUAAUAAGCCCGAGUCCUGAUCCCUAUACGACGAGUGAAAGGUCAGGAAAUAAUUUGGCAUUGCAAGCGGCUGGGAAAUUUUCUAUGUCGAAGCGCAGCCCAAGCAAGGGAGCAAGCCUAUCGGGCCUUUCCUCCGGAACAGACGGCAUUGAAUCACGAUCUACGAACCAUAAGCCGCCGCGACCCAUUCGAUCCGCUUCUGCGGGCACGCGUGGGACUGGAGCUGGAACUGCGGAUAUCCAGGGCCAUCUGAAACCGGAAAAAGGCGAAAAGGUGGUCGAGAGACAGGCCGGAUUGGUUCCCACGAUUGUGGAGCAGGAGAGAGGGGAUUGGCAGUGUAGGAGUGUGAAUCUGGUGAUUGAGAGUGCUUGA